AUAACUACGAGGCGUCGCAAAUACUACCUGUAAGCCCGUUCUAAAACGAGCAGGCGAAGGCCCGGAGGAUCACUCGGCAGCCCAGCAUCGGCGCUACAGCUUCGGUAGCUUCCCUGCUGCCCGCCGUCGCCGUGCAAGCAGCUUUUCGGCUGCACACCAAAAACUGCCAAAAUCCGAGGGCGCGACGCGGCCCGAGGCUUCGAAAAGCCGUCGACAGGACUGCUAUAAGUCUCUGAACUUCGCUGCACGCCGUCGCCGACGCGCGGACGCGAUCCAAGGAAAAGCAGAGACGGCGAUGCAGAACGCCGCCUACCCGCCGCAGUAUAAUGCGGGGGCCCAGCCCGUGCCCAUGCCUGAACAGGUGGGCUACUACGCCGCGCCGGCGAUGCUCGGCGGCCCCGUGCCCGGGAGACCGUCCUACGUCCUGCCACAAGCACCUUCCGUAGGAAGCUGGCCCCUGCCACCUGCUACAACCCAAAUGGUCCCCGGCAUGGCGCCGCCGCCCGCUCCAGCAAACGAAGAGCCGACGAAGGUCGUGCGAGCGAAGGGCGUGGCACGAGCGCGCUGGAACCGCGACGAGGAGGAACGGCUCAAAAAACUCGUCGGGGAGCACGGCGCGAAGCGCUCCUGGCAGAAGAUCUCCGAGAAGCUCGGGAGCGGCCGCACGGCGUCGGGCGUCGAGCAGCACUGGCAGGUCAUGACGGGCCAGCGGCAGCGGAACGGCGCUACGGUUCCCAAGGAGAACCAGGCGCAGCAUCCCAACGCUCUACUUGCUGUAGGACAGAAAGAUGGUCAGCAGACCGAAAGAAGGACCUCUGCGAGGUGGACGCAGGACGAAGAAAACAGGUUGCGAGAAGCUGUUUCUGAAUUGGGCAAGGGCAAGUGGACCCUGGUCGCUGACAGAUUGGGCACUGGAAGGUCACCGUCGGCCGUGGAGCAGCACUGGCAGAUCGUGACUGGCCAAAGAAAGUCGAAGGGAAGGCACGCUGCCGCUCAUCUACAGCAUCGCGCGCGGACGAUGGGCGCGUCGGCGCCGGGCGCGCAAGCAUUUGUCUUGGCGGGUGGCUCCGUGACACCACACUUACCGGGUCUAGCGCCACCGGGCGAGCAGCCGAGAGAAAAAGGUGGCGCUCGGUGGACGCCCGACGAAGAGCACGAGCUCAAACGACUCAUCGAGGAGGUGGGUGCGAAGGGCCAGUGGAGGGUGAUUGCUGAUAGACUACGAAGCGGUAGAUCUCCAGGAGCGGUAGAACAACAUUGGCAGAUCAUGACCGGGGGCCGGAAAGGGAGUAGUGCGACGCGGCUCGCCCAGCAACGACUUGAGGUCGACGACGGCGACGGCGACUUGAAGCGGUCUCGGGCGACGAAGACGCGCGCGGUCGCUCAUAGGUGGACUCCUCAAGAAGAAGCGCAAUUAUCAGCUUUAGUGGAAGAAUUGGGUCCUCGCGGCAAGUGGGGCCAGAUCGCCGAGAAGUUGGCUUCCGGUCGCACGUCGUCCGGCGUCGAGCAGCACUGGAAGAUCAUGCACGGCGCGCACCACGGCGCCAAGAAGGCGCGCCUCGCGCCGGCGGCGCCGCCGACCUUGGUCGCCGCGGCGGCGCCUCCACCUAGUAUGCUGGGCCAGGCGCGGCCCAUUUCGCACGGCCAGGUGCCGGGCCAGUGGGUGCCGGGCCUGCCGGGCCAGCCGUACCAGUACCAGGUGGUGACGGACGCGGACGGGCGGCCCGUCCAGGCCUCGGGGCAGAUGAUGUAAGGGAUUUCUUGACUCAAA